UCUACAUACACGUAGCCAAGCGAGUAAAAAAAUCAAAAUAGUUUCUCUCCACCACACCCUUCUCCCCUGAUUCCUCUCUCAAUCUCACCAGAACGUGUGGCCGCCACCUCAUAUUCCGGGCGACUACGGCGCCCACGCCGUUGCUCACCGGCCUGCUCUACCGCCGCGACAUCCUCCGCGCCCCAGCACCCGCCCCCGCAACAACCCUCGUCGGCACAGGUCGCUGGCAUAGCCACAGCGGCUCCGGUUUGUUGGCCCACUGCCACUACAACUCAUCACAUCCACCAUUGACGCCCCCAUAUCCUACCUCCCCUCUCCUUUCUCGCCCCGCUCCCAGCACCAUAUCUUAUUCAUGAUGCUCGAGGCGAUGGCCGCUUUCAGCAGUGGCCCCGUGAGAGAAUUAGGAUGCCGACCAAGGAGGACCUGGAGGAUCUUGACGCUGCCUCGACAUUGGCUUCAGGCAUAUCAUGUAAUCUCCGAGAUCUGUAAAUCUCAAGUAUGUCAUGGCGUCGAGGUCCAAUGCUAUUUCCCGGCGGUGUCCUCCACAACUAGGAUCCCCUAAUGAUGCUCUGCAUAAUCCUUUUUUUGAGUUGGCUGCAGACGUACAUUAUGACCACUUACACAUAAGAGUAAGGACCCAUCAGUCACAAGCUAGAAUGAAAGCUAGAAAACAUCAACAGUGUCAUGUGGCCUUUAAUAACACAAGUUUGCUGGAGCAUGCAAGAAGAAAAUUGAGAGGUGCCGCAAGGUGGAGAUCAGAAGGCGGUGUGGGACAAGGGAGGACGCUACAUAUUGCUCAAUGGGGUUACUCCCUAAUAGUUCCACAUUCUGUUGUAGAAUUGUCAUUUAGGGUCAAUGUUUGAGACAGUAUGUUUUAGAAUAAUUCGACUUUGAUUGCAAGGUUGAGAAUUGGGCAACUAGAUAGUUUCGCAUUUUGUAAUCGUUGGAUCUUGUUCUUGUAAACAAGCAUAGUCAUUUUAAUA